CCGGGGCCAGAGUAGCCCUACUCAUGUGCCAAGUUCUCCUGGAAAGAAACAGCCACAUAACCCCUUCUGUUUCGGGCCCUAACUUGAAAUCUCACAACACUCGACCUGCCUCUCCUCUCCCUGAGACUGCGUCACUUAGCUACUCAGCACUCAGCACUCGCCAAACACCACCUUAGCAACCAUAUCCCCCUUCCAAUCCUCACCUUCACACGCUUCAGCUUGAUACUCCCCUUCCCUUAUCUCCCCUUCCCUUUCUCCUUCCCUCUCAACACACACAAAGAUGGAUAGGUAUCAGAGGGUGGAGAAGCCCAAGGCAGAUAGCCCUAUCAACGAGAACGAGAUACGCAUCACUACACAAGGCAGGAUGAGGAACUACAUCACCUACGCCACCACUCUCCUUCAGGAGAAAGGAUCUGAGGAAAUUGUUCUUAAAGCAAUGGGACGUGCUAUCAAUAAGACUGUGAUGAUUGCUGAGCUGAUCAAGAGAAGGAUUGUAGGUCUGCAUCAGAACACACAAAUCGGAUCAACUGAUAUAACUGACACAUGGGAGCCACUAGAAGAAGGCCUUCUUCCUUUGGAGACUACUCGUCAUGUUUCAAUGAUCACAAUUACUUUGUCAAAGAAAGAAUUGGAUACAUCCUCGACAGGGUACCAAAUUCCUCUUCCAGCUGAUCAAGUAAAACCUCUAAAUGAAUAUGAAGAGGAAGGAGAAGGCUCACCAAGGAUGCGAGGAAGAGGUCGAGGUCGUGGAAGGGGUAGGGGCAGAGGAAUGUACAAUGGGGGUAUGGAAUAUGGUGAUGGUUGGGAUGGUGGGCGAGGAUAUGGUGGCAGAGGGCGUGGCCGUGGAAGGGGUCGUAGUUUCCGGGGACGAGGACGUGGCUAUGGUGCCCAGCCAGUUGGGUACUACGACUAUGGUGAAUAUGAUGCACCACCACCUGCCCCACGUGGCCGUGGUCGUGGAAGGGGAAGAGGCCGUGGACGUGGUCGUAAUAUUAGAGAUGGAGCAGGCCGGGGAGCAGCUGCUUGAUCAAGUUGUUGUCGGUUAUAGUGUAUAUGUUUCAGUUAGAAGAUGGUUGCCUGUGCUUGGUUCUUUAUGGGACAUGCUUUAAUAUUAGUUUGAAGUGUUCGUGUUGCAGCCAUGUUCCUGCAGUUUUGUUUCUUUUAUUUUCUUCUGUAACCUCUUUGAUUUCCCAAGUUCGUUAGAUUCAAUUAGUUAGCUUUCCAUUAUCUCAGACUACAAAGAAGGAGAAUCAUAAUUGUAAAAUUUUUUAACACGUAAUUAUAGCAGUAAGUUUUCUUAA